AUGUACAACUGCUACAACCCUCAAGAAACAGCCGAGAUUGUGUCGCGGGCCGGCGUUGUGAAAGGCAACACACGUCUAGACAAGGUUUUCUUCAGCGGAGUUUCGGCUGGAUGUAUCCUAUCAUUCGCCUGCGCGACGGUGCUUAGCACCAACACGGCGCCCUGGUUUCAAGACAACGCCCCAGGCCUCAUCAGGACCAUCUCGGCCCUGGUGUUCCCCUACGGACUGUGUAUAAUUGUCCUGACCGGGGCGGAUCUGUGCACGGGGUCAUUCAUGUAUACCGCCAUGGCCGUGUAUCACCGCCGCCUCAGCAUCGCCAAGAUGUUGAUCCACUGGGCCGCCACGUUCUGGGGCAACCUUGCAGGCUCGCUGUUCAUAGUUGCUAUCAUCACUGGGUACGGCGGCACGUUUGACACAGCAGGGUUCACGAAGGAAGUACAGGCGUUUGCAAAGACGAAACAAGUCGCGGCACAAUGGCACCAGGUCUUCCUGCGUGGAAUCGGAGCCAAUUGGCUCGUGUGUUUGGCCUGUUAUCUGGGCAUGUCAGGUAGGGAGUAUUUUAGCAAGAUCAUGGGAAUCUGGUGGCCGACGUUCGCAUUCGUGUCGCUCGGCUUCGACCACGUGGUGGCGAACAUGUAUUUCAUUCCCAUCGCAAUCUGGCACGAUACGCCUGGCAUCAGUGUAGGGCUGUACAUUUGGAAAGGCGUCGUCCCUGCAGGCUUGGGGAACAUUGUCGGUGGAGCACUUUUUGUUGCGGCGUAUUAUUACUACCAGUACCUGCUUGGCCAAGAAUCAGUGUUGAUUGACGGCGUCCCGUUUGGCGGUGCUGGAGGCGGCAUGGCCGACCUCGGACGAAGGCCCGCCGGCGACGAGGAAACUUUACGAUCUUCUAGUCCUCCAGCUCGUGGUAGGAAGGAGGCUAACCAAGAGAUGAGUGGCUGCUGA